ACAGACUAAGUCGAACAUGAGUGGAUGGCGUACGGGCAUUUGCCGUGACGUAGCAAUCCUUAUACGGAAUUGUGUCAAUUACAGCGUAGAGUUUUUUGUGGGAAAAGGUCGAUAUUUUACGAGAUACAAACAAGAGUGAAAAUAGUGAGAUUCUUUGUGAAACGAUUUUAUACUUACAAAAAGGCAAUCUGAGAUGUUUUUCCGAUGUGUAUUGUGUUCGAAAAAUAUGUGUAUUUGGAUGUGAUUGCUUAAAUCAACUACAUUGACCUAAUUCCCAAUCUGAUGUCAAGAUAAUAUUUUUACGGAUGUUAAAAGAUAAAUUACAUUGAUUGUGGAUAUAUAAUGUAGGUCACGUAAGAGGAGAGUGGUGUAGUGCAGCUAAUGUGUUACUGGAUGGACCGAGGGGCACAUGCUGUAACAUAACAAUGUUGCCCCCUGCAGCUUUCCUAUUUGCCGCUGGCCUGUCCUUGAUAUUUUUUACGGGGACUGGCCAUGCAGGGUCACAACCCUGUAAGAUCGCAUUUCCCAUGAAUACUCAGUAUAUCUCUGCCUACUAUGACACAGUAAUCCAAGGCAAAGGGUGCACCAGCAAUGCUACCACCAACAACACAGCCCAGGUUCACGUCAUCAACCUGCUGAAUGCUGGCCCAGUGUUUAGAAAUGAUAUGGCAGAAGUGAACUUGUUGAUCAAAUCUCGAAAUAAAGAAGCAGCUUAUUUGGUACCCUUCAUAUACAUACUGAACUCCAGGCAACCAGUUAGAUGGAAGAUUCGAACAGACAUUACCUUGGCAUCAAAGAAAAAGCAUCGCUUUGUGAUUCCGCCAUAUUCGAACAUUCGACUUGUGAGUGGCAAUCAGAAAAAACAAGUGAGCAAGACCUCAAUGCCUCAGGAUACACAAGCACUGAUGUCAUGGGUGAAGAAAGAGUAUGUAGUACUAACAUCCUACACAGAGCUCAGGAGGGGGAACCAGAUGACACUGAGUGUGGGACUAGAUAACCAUGCAACUAAUGAUUGUGUGAUACAGGAAAAUUCCUCUCAGAAGUUGAAUGUAAUGGCAAAAUUUGAACAACCCCAGCUGUCCUCAGGGUGCAUUGUUUCUCAGACCGAUAUCUCUAGAGUGGCCUACAUAAUUGAAGUGGACCAAGUCAGCAAAAUUCCUAACACUACGGCAGCCAUUGAAGCUCACCUUGACAUUCGCAGCAUGUCAAAGAAAAGAGUUCAGAAAGAUUUCUGGCUGGUUCUGAAAUCACCGGACCAUGUCAACUGGAGGGUGUCCACUCACAAAUUACAGGGAUACAUAGAUAUUGUGGCCAAUAGUUAUGUGGACAUGACACGUAUUAGGAUGGACCCGGUCAAUGUGAGAAGAGAUGAGAUAUCAACGACAAAGCAGGGGCUGAUUCGAUGGGUGGAAGACUAUCUGGGGCCGGUAGCAAUGUACUCCAAGGUCAACCUGGCCAACAAAAUCAAGCUAGUGUUACCUGAUACAGCUGGCAGCACUUCAAAUCCUGCUAAUCUCUAUAUUGACCCAUUUUCUCUGCAACCGUACACCAAAACCGUUAUUCGGCGAGUACUUCGUACCGAGUGUGAUGGAACAGGACGAAUUGUUGUUCAUAUGACCAAGUCUGUCAUGAAGAUCUUUAACCUAUCCAGGAAGCAGAUCACGCUUUUGGACGAUGGUUGUCUUGGGGAGGUGAAUAAGAAGGAGCUGGUGUUCACUGCGAUGCCACAUGCCUGUAAAACAACAGCCAGUCAUAAAGGAACUCAGUCCCUGUAUACCAACUCAAUUGUCAUCCACAAGGAGGAGGUGGAUGAUGGUGUGUUUGACCAGCCGAGUGGAUUAGGAAUGAAUGAGGAGGAAGAGGAGGAAGACUUCGGAAUGGAGGGGUCUGGGCAGUCCUCCAUGGAUGGUACUUACAUGGAUGAUGAGGAUUUGAACCACACGUCUAACAGAAUCGAAAUUCCCAUCCGCUGCACUGCACCAAGGUUAACAAGAAAUGAACCGGUGUUGUCUACACGUCAACCUAGAAACAUUACCCACUGGGACCCGUCCUCAGACAUUGAGUACAGCAUCGUCCUGUACAAGUCCUCUCAUUACACAGACCCUCAGCAUACCUUCCCAUUAGAUCUGCCUGCCAACAGCAGGGUCUACGCCAAAGCCAGCAUCGAAGCAGAUCAGUCCUUGACAGUCGUGGUACAGAACUGCUGGAUUUCUCACACCCAGGAUUCCCUGCCCUCUCUGUGGCUCGUCAGGGAUGGCUGUUUCUUGAAAGACAAAAACGUCCAACGAGAAAGGAAGCCAAUGAUACCUACACAGUAUGAGAAAUUCAGUUUCAAGAUGAGCAAUGAAGCCCCAUAUCACUUCCUGAAGUGUCAACUGAGUACUUGUAAAAACUGGCAGCAGAAAAGCAACAAAGGAAUACCAAUGUGUGUACCGGAGGCUAAGAUGUGUGAUGAUGACAGCCCGAUUGCCAUGUUGAAGGAAAUAACACUUGGUCCGCUGUAUGCUACCGAAUCCAAGGGUGAAUCUAACUCAGACGGCACAGAGAACCAGAAUAUCAAUUCAACCAUAAUCACAGAACCUAAAGUACACAUUGUGAAUCCGAAACCAGUAAACAAGCCAUCAGAGAAAGAGAAAUCCUCGGGGCAGACAAUUGUGGUGGAGGGACUGGAUUCGGGGACAGUGAUUGGAAUAGCUUUUGCAGCAUUCAUUAUUGGAGUCCUGCUGGUUGCCGCGCUUUGGUUCAUUCACACUCAUACAGCACCUUUAAAGCAUGCAGUGGCAUCUCGAGGGGUAUUAGAUGGAAGUGGUGAAUCAACACCAAUGUCAACAGCACCACUGCAAAUCAACUCAUAAUAUGAAAACCGAUCACACACUCAGGAGUCAAGGGAGGGAACUACUGCUUAAACAAUGUGAAUUCAAGAAUAGGAAAUUAUUCCUACAGGGAAUCGUUUAAACAGUUUAUUGUACAUACAAAAUGAUUCCCCUUUAACCUGUGAGUAUUACUUGUAUGAUAUUAACCAAAUAUGUACUGGAAAAAAAACCUGCAAGAAACAAAAUAGUGCGAGACACGAAACAUGAGAUGGCAUCAUGGAAUUUGAAUUGUUUGUGGAUCAUAGAAAAUGGAGUCACUUUGUGAACAGUUUGGAAGACUUCUAUCAUAUAUAGAGAUACAAAGUCAACACCACUGCUUAAACCAAAGACCAGGAUAGUUGUGGAAUAUUCCCCUCCUAAGGGGUUUUCUCAGGAUAUUAGCAGCACUUGUCAGCUGUGUUGGCUAAUGGCAGCCAAAAUCUUUCUUCUCUUGUUUUUUAAGUUAACAUAUAUGGAGUUAAUUGAAAACACUUGUAAUACAGUAGUAAAUAAUUGUGGAGGAUUACUGCCUCGGAUCGGAAUGUAGCCACAGUGCUGGUAAUGUUAACAUAUGGCUGGGUGAGCUUUCAAGAGUCAGAGUUUAAUAUAUAUGUAGAAAUGUAAGGUUGCUGAAAUCUUAUAUAGGACUUCAAGAAGCUCACCCAGUCAACAAACCAAUGACACCAUUGUGCUAAAGCAAGUUAACAAUAUGAAUUUAACUGACUUUGUUUGGUAAAACGGGUAAAUUCAGUGAAAAUGGCCAGACAAAAGGUGUAGGUCAUUUGACUGACAUGUAACUGAUAUGUCAUUUGUGUAAUGCCUGAUAAAAUUGUUUGCCACAUUUUCUGCAUACCUGUAAUUAUAAGUUUAUGCCACAUACAUAUUUUUUUUUAUCCUCAUUGCAGGAUUUAUUUAUUCUUUCGAAAUGAUUCAGGAUGAAUUUGCGAAGUAUAUUUAAAAUGUGUAUUUUAUACAACUAUUCUGUACUUAACAAAACCACUAUCAGCUCAUUGGAGAUGGCAGGAAUCUUCUUAGUCCGUUACCUCUUCGACCUCUGAAUACCUUCAGGUUUCUGUGCUUUGUUUUUCUCAUUGAGGCUCACUGUUUAAUGUUUAUGCAAUAUAAGGUCAGGAACACUUUCGUGCCUUUGGAAAAUAAAUUGGGAAAUGGGAUUCUUUCAUGGUACUACAUUACUAAAAUAAUAUUUCAACAAUCCAUUUCAUAUUUGAAGAAAAAAAUAUACUUUAUACAAGUUGUUUGAAUUUUAAUACUAAAGUUGUUUGGAAACGAAACUGCAAAUUUGAAAUGGAAUUUCAAAUAAAGAUAGAAACUUCAUUCGAUAUAUAUUAAUAAGGAUCACAAUCAAUUCUUGCUAAGUGUUAUUUGCUUCAUGAACAAAGUCGGGGAUCAGGUGGUUUGAUUUAUAUAUGAAUUACCUCACAUUAUAUUGUAUUUGUGUACUAAUGUAAUGCAGGGAGCCGGUCACUUUAUUGUUAAAUUGCUUUAGCACAGUAUGCAGAAUUUGAUGGCAUUUAUUAAACAAUUAGGGCCCAGUUACAUAAAGGGCAGUUAACCUCUAGUGACAGUUAGCUUGUCUUUAUUUAGCAGGAACUAGAUGAUACAUAACUUACAUUUAUGCAACUGGGUCCUGGAUGAUCAUUUGUAAAUAGAAAUUGGUGUUUCGUGGUCUUAUAUAGACAUAUGUUCUAUGAUCAUAUCUAUCAAGUAUUAUCACCAUGGAAACCAGUGAAUAUGAUAGAAAUUAUUGUAGUUAUAAACUUAUAACCAUGGAAACUCAUUUAUUUAUUUAGAAUAUCAAGUUAUAAAGAGAAUUUGUCUGUGAUCAUUUUAAUGUAAAACAUAUUUCUAACCUAGAAUUGAUCUGAAUCAAAGUGCUGCUUGUCUUUGGUGGCAGGUACUCAGUGCAUAAGAAAACUCAGAAUAGUGCUGUUUGUUUGUUAGUUUUACAUUUUGUGAACUAGUGCUCUAAUUUAAUAUACAUUUCAAUGAAAAUGUAAUCUUUUAAUUUUAUUUAACUAUGUAUAUGAAAAGUAUUUUUAUCCUUCAGUUCCUCUUUAUAUGCUUUCUGUAUAUGUCAGUAGAUGCAUCAAAUUUACAAACAAAAAUUUCAGAUAUUGCCAAAUUAAGAAUUGCGCUGCUAUCAGGCCUAAAUGAUGUUAUCGCCUUUCUUUACUUAUUCAUGUAAAGCAGAAUUCAAAAUAAUUUUAUACAUGAAACCUGUUUAGUAGGCAGAGUUAAAUCCACAAACUUGAGGGCUGCUUUAUAUCGGAGAGGCCAACCCUUCAGUUGUUGGUAAUAUUAUGUUACUUGUAUUAUGUUAUUGUUAAUGAUGAAAAGUUUUUCGUUGGGUAUUAUUUGUAUGUACAUGUAACAGACUUACUAAUGCAUUACUGAUUUGUUUUGUUUACAAUGUAAAUUUUGAUUACCGAACAUGAGUUUAUCCAUAAUAGCGAGAUGGGCCUAAUUCUCGUUUGUAAAACAUUUGAAUUGGUUUUUUUUGCAUUUAUUUGUACAUUUUGAGAAGAAUAUUAGCCAUCAAAUCUUUUUUUUUUCCUUGAUCGGAAAUAGGUACAUUUUCUCGCAUAUUAAUUUAUGUUAAUACAAAUGGUUAUCAUAUAGAAUAGAUUUUUCAUACCUACUGAAUGUCACUCACUAACUGCUAAGUCUUGCUCUGUAAUGAUUAUUUUUAAACCGUACAGCUGAAACCAAUGUAUUGUGUUAAAUUCAUGUUUUGACAUUUUGUUGAUGCAAGUAGAGUUAAGUAGAAGAUUUUUGGGUUUUUUAUCCUCAUAUAAAUAUGAAACCAAAAUAGAUCUGUUUAACAUAUUUUAAACUUUUAAUAUUUGAUGAGGAAAUGUGGCUGAAAAUAAGAAUUUUUUUGUUGAAGCCAUUUGUAAGCAGCAGUGUUUCUCACAUCAUACAAAAUUUUCAGUCAGGUCAUUUAUGGUCAAACUAAUUAUUCAAGUAGCAUUUCAUUCAUAAAGAAAGAUUUAGAAGUUAAAACAGUUGCAUAUUGUUAAAAGGCAGCAUAUAUUUUGUAUGUUACAUUUGAAUGUCCAUUAAAGGUAAUCUUACAUGUAGCUUACUAGGCUCGGCUGGAGUAUAUGGAGAAAAAGUUCUAAUCAACUAUUUAUGUAUCGAUACGCAAUAUAGAUAAAUACUUUUGGUAUUAUUAUAAGUUUCAAAAAUAUUAAAUGAUAAACUGACAAUGACAGUUGGCAGGUUUGUGGUAACAUAAGUGUAUUACAUCAGCGGUUUGCAAUAUUUAACAGUUGACGAUUGGCAUUUAUUGUUAUCUAUGUAAAUAUGUCGUUGACAAUAUAUAAAUGUAUGCCAUCGACAGCUGACAGUUGACACUUGUCAUUUUCAUCUUAGGUUUGUCAACUGUCAGCCCUAUGUUUGUCAGUAGUUGACCUGCCAGCUGUCAACCUUAGGGUCACAAAUGUUUAACAGCGCUGGAUAACACAUAUUGCUUCUGUGUUGAAAGGACUACUGUAUAGCAGGAAAUUAACUCGCAGCGUUCAUUUUCGCUAUAUUUGCUGCAUCAAAAUUUCUGGGAAUUCAACAUUCAGUGAAUUAAUCUUUCAUAUUGAUACGAAAUCGGGUUCAGGAUAUUAAGAUUUGUUUUUCCGUGAAUUAAACCGAUUUGUUGCUAAAUGAAAAAAAUCGCGAUUUUUUUCGACCGCGAUAUUAACCUGCUAUACAGUUUAUAUAUCUGUAUACUCCAGUUGACCUAUUUACUCUCUAACCAGAUCACACUGGAUUACAUGUACUAUUGUUUGUCUGUCUGUUCGUCUGUUUGUUUUUGUGUGUUUUGCACUAUUAUCAGAUUUUAGUUGAGUUUUUUUGUAGAUAUGUCUACCUCAGUUUUAAAAUGGGUGCUGUUAUUAAAGCAUUCGUUUUUACCCUCUUUUAUGAUUUGAAUUGUUCGUAGAAUGUGCCUCAUUAUUUCACAUAUUUGGACUCCUUGUAAAGAGUUGGCAGUAGUUUCAUUUGAAAAUAAAAUAUUUCACUUGGAAAGUACAAGGAAAUUUCCGAUCUGAUAUUUCUAAAUUCAUGAGAUUCUGUAAUAAACGGUUGUGAGUAAAUACAUCUCUUAACAUAGAAUUGAAUACUUAUAGAUAUUGAACAUGUUUGCACAGUAUUUUUAUGUAAAUUUUGUAUGUUGAAGUUUUACUUUUGAGUUUCCUUCGUUAACCAUACAUUAAUUUGACACAUAACCAAAACUAGUAUGUACAGUGACAAUGAAGUCAGCCAACCAAUUAUCUACCCCCUAACCCCAACCCCACAUUUCCUAAUCUACUGAAAAGGUUCAAAGUUUCACAGCAAGAAACAUUAGGUAUCACAAAGUUCAGCUCAUAUCAUGUUGAUUUGACCUCAGAAGUUUGUAGUUGUUAUGAAGAUACCUUAUGCAGCCCUAUUUAUUGUUUGUUACCUCAUUAUCAUUACACCAUUUCAUAUCAAACGUUUUUGUGGUAUUUCAGAAUCAGAACAUGACAGACUUCAGUCACAUCUGAAAAGGGAGUUGUUGUUUUUUUUUCUCUCUCUCUCUCUCUCUCAGUCAAGUGAUAAAAGUGUAAAAUUUGAUGUAUACACAUUUUUAUUCACAUUUUUUGGGAGUACAUUUCAGUGGUACACAAUGAGCUUUAGCUCUACCUCAGUUAUUUUACCUUAAAAAAUAUUUUGUCAUUUUACCAUUUUACAUCUUUUUCAUUUGUAAAAAAAAAAUAUGCAUGUAAAUAAAUGCUAUAUUUAUAUACCAUAUAUAUUGACCAUCCAUGAAUAAUGUUUUCAUUGUAUAUACUUGCACAUGUAAUGGGUUGGAUAUUGGCAGGGAGAAAUUGAAUGCAUAGUCAGUAAUAUCGGCAGUAAAGAACAAUUUUCACAUUUAUGGUUCAAGUUGUAAAUAAAGAAAAUUAAAUGGCAGACAAAAAUUAAAAUGUCCACAUUUUUCGUCCCACAGAGAAAUAAUUAAAAAUAUAUAUAAAAUCUGAUGUACAUAAAAGUGUUUGUAGCAAAUUUGUUGUGUGUGCGUUUUUUCAUUGUAAUUUAUGAAGGUUUAUAUGCUCAUCAGAUUUCUGUUAAGUUAUUUAUGCAGCUUUUAACCUGCUCCCUUGGGCAGACACAAAGUUUGGGCCUGCUCCCUGGGGCAGAGACAAAGAUUUGGACCUGCUCCCUGGGGGCAGACACAAAGUUUUGGCCUGCUCCCUGGGGCAGGCACAAAGUUUUGGCCUGCUCUCCGUGACAGGCUAACUUUUUAUAAUCCCGGUGCCAUAGUUGAUCAUGGAGUUUUGCUGUUGAAAAUCCUAGAUGAAAUUCUUGAAUUACACAGGAAUCUUAAAACUUUGUAAUUUAAACAUUUCUAUUGUUUUGUAUAUUGAACAUGUGUUGUAUGUUGUACAUGAGGGUUUGUAAUACUAUAAUUAUGAAAGGCGGGCGAGCUGUGUUUGAUGUUUACAUACAACACAGGUAAUUAAAUGGUCAGGAUUUACAAUGGUAAGGCCUAUUUAUCUACCUCAAAAUGAACCUGUUGUACAUUUUUUUAAAAGAAAAAAGAAUGGUUUUCAGUGUAAUCUUUGCUAAUUCAUUGUCAUUUAUGUUAAAUUUUCAUGUAUCUGAUGAAAUAAAAUGUAUAAAGUAGAAUAAA